AGCUUAUUAUCGAGAUCGGGAGGCUGGAGGUACGCGUGUGUUCUGCAUUCGGUAACGGGCUCGAUCGCAGUGGGGUGCCCCGGCACGAUGCGACGGCGCCGGUUUUAGCCCGCAAGUUGCUGCCCGCCAGCACCGCGAGCCUGCAGUGAGCACAAGUGAAGUAAGAGAUCUGAAUUCCCAGCCGAAGGAGAGGCAGCCAUUUUGUUUCCUUCUUUAAGUGACGAAGAAAUCACACAAAGAUGGCUAAGAAAGAUGAUGAUUUGGAUGUCUUGCUCCCGAACUGGUCGGGAGCUGCUGCACACGGGUUCACCAUAAGUGGUAGUGACGAUGGGAUCUUCAUCAAGGACGUGAUGGAGAAUUCGCCAGCUGGGAAGAGCGGAGUGAUGAAAGAAGGUGACCAAAUCGUAAGUGCAACUAUUUACUUUGAUGAGAUGGGAUAUGAAGAAGCACAGAAAAUACUACAGACAGUGGAUCGACACACAGUGGGACUGAAGUUACAUCGGAAAGGGGAGAGGCUUUCUCCUGGGGGAAGUUACUCCUGGGAGCCAGAAAGAUAUGGGGCCACAAGUCCGGAUGCUGUAUUGAGUGGAGAUGAUGAAGACUACCAGAGAAUUUUUAGGAAGAAAAUCAAGCCUCGCCUGAAGUCAGAAGAUGGCGCAGAGGCAUCAGCUGAAGGUGACGGAUCUUCCGGUGUACGUGUCACCAGGAAGGUCAUUACACGCACAGUUCAUGUGACAAGUCCCACAGUUAUGACGGAUGUAGAUAUCCACAGUCCAGAAUUUAAGAUUAAAGUGCCACGGCAUGAGCAAGUCACUGCUGAGGGACCAGGAUUCUCAAUGGAGUCUUCAGAGAUGGAUGUGGAUGUUAGUCUCGCUGGCUCUGAAGGUUCAAAAUUUCAACUGGGAGAUAGCCAACGGACAACACAUACGAUGCACAUUGUAAAAACAAAAGUAGUGGAGGUAACUGGACCAGACACAGAACAGAGCCAGACGGCAUUUCACAUGCCACAGAUCAGUGUAGGAGGUGAAGCAAUGCAAUCAUCCAACUUUGAUGUCAAAAUUGCAAAGACAGUCAGGGACUCAAAUGUCGCACCUAAAAUCAGUCUCCCUGAGUCAAGUAUUGACGUCUCUGCGCCACACGUUACAAUGGGUGUGCAAGUACCUACCAUCAAUCCAUCGAUUGCAAUACAACCUGUUCAUGUUGGAGAUUCAGAUGGAAAAAUCAGCAUGCCUUCGGUCAAGAUGCCAGAAGUUGCCAUUUCUGGAUCACACGUGAGAGGUCCAAAUGCUGUUAUUGACACAGGUGCAGUCAACUCUGGCGUUGCUCUUCCAACGGUUGGCCUGAAUCUAUCUGGAAAUCAGAGUCGUUCUGCAGUACCUGUUGAAAAUUCAGGUUUUAAAAUGCAAGAUGGGAAACAGGGUGUUGAACUGAAAGAACCAAAACUUAAUAUAUCAGCAUCCAUUGGUAAGGAGUUUUCUACGGAUGGGGGAGAAGUAAGGUGGAGAACACCAGAAGGACGUGAAAUGUCCAUCCACAGCAAACUCCCAGAAGGGAAUAUUGAACCAAUUGGACCCAAGAUCAAAGGCGACAUUGAACUGUCAGAUAAAGAUCUGGCUUCAAGUAAAAUCAAAGAACCAACUUUUAAAAUUUCAGGAGUCAGUUUUUCAGGAUCCAAACAGCUUAUCUCUGACGCUGAAAUCAAACAUACAAAGGUGACAGAAGAUUUUGAUGCACCAAAGGUUAGUUUUGAGAGUGACAUCAAAGUUCCAAGUGUGAACAUUAAAGGUCCUAAAGUUGACAUUGAAGCAACUGAUGUAAAAGAAGGUGGGCAUGGGUUGGCAGAGUCAGCCAUGAAUUGGCCCAAGAUAAAGACUACAGACAUUGAUUUGGGUGUCAAGGUCUCAAAGGUGAAAGAAGACCAUGAUAUUGAUGUGGCUUCUGGAAGGUUAGAGGGAAAGAUCAAAGGUCCUCAGAUGGAUGUUGAAGUUGAUGUACCACAGGCUGAAACUGAAGGGGGCAGUGUAAAAGUACCAAAAUUCAGAAUACCUAAAUUCCGAACAAGUGGGCCAAAAGUUGAAGGCCCAGAUGUGGAUAUUCAUGCCAGUCUUCCUGAGGCAGAUGUUAAAAUCACUAAACCAACAGUAGAAGGAGUAGUUGGAAUGCCUAAGGUAGACUUGGGUAUUGAGGGAGCCUGUACAACCAAAGACACGAAAUUUAGUGUGCCAGCAUUCAACGUUUCAGGACCCAAGAUAGGAACGCCCGAUGUGAAUCUCGACCUCAAACAACCUGAAGUGGGAGUAGAUAUUGAUGUCCCUGAUGUCAGAUUGCAAGGUGAUAUUAAGGGCCCCAGAAUUGAUGCAGACGGACUAGGUGUAAAAGCAGGAGAACCCAAAAUUUCAAGACCUGAUAUUAAGUUUCACGUAAAAGGUCCCAAAAUAGAAGGAGAUGUUAAUGUUCCAGAUGUCCAACUGGAAGGUGACAUUAAAGGCCCAAACCUUGACAUUAGAGCCCCAAGUGUUGACAUAGAUUCACUCAAACUUAAAGGAAGUGAACCCAAGUUUUCAAUGCCUUCCGUACAAUUGCCCAAGAUUCAGGCACCAGACAUUGAUCUGAAUUUCAAGGGUCCAAAUCUGAAAGCAGACUAUGAUAUUGAUGUGCCAUCAGGAAGGGUGGAAGGAGAAAUCAAAGGACCUAAAGUAGAUGUUGAUGUGGAUGUGCCAGGGGCUGAUGUUGAAGGAGGUGGAAAGUUCAGCAUGCCGAAAUUUAAAAUGCCCAAAUUCCAAAUGAGAGGGCCUAAAAUGGAAGGCCCUGAUGUCGACAUUGAUGCUAAUAUUCCUCAAGCAGACAUUAAAGUGUCUGGGACCCAAAUUGAAGGAGAUGUUGAAAUGCCAGAUGUAGAUGUUGAUGUUGAAGGAGGUGGCAAAAUUAAAGGAUCAAGAUUGAAAAUGCCAAGAUUCAAUAUCUCGGGCCCUAAGAUAGGAAAGCCCGAUUUUAAUCUGGACUUCAAAGGUCCCAGGUUGUCUGGAGAUGUUGAUGUCCCUGAUGUCAAACUGGAAGGUGAUAUCAAAGGCCCAAAUGUUGAUAUUAAGGGCCCUGAAGUUGAUAUUGAGGGACCUGAUGUGAAAGGAGGCAAGCACAAGUUUUCAAUGCCCUCAAUUCACUUGCCCAAGAUUCAGGCACCAGACAUUGAUCUCAGUUUGAAGGGUCCAAAUCUGAAAGGAGACUAUGAUAUUGAUGUGCCAUCAGGAAAGGUGGAGGGAGAAAUCAAAGGACCUAAAGUAGAUGUUGAUGUGGAUGUGCCAGGGGCUGAUGUUGAAGGAGAUGGAAAGUUCAGCAUGCCGAAAUUUAAAUUGCCCAAAUUCCAAAUGAGAGGGCCUAAAGUGGAAGGGCCAGAUGUAGGCAUUGAUGCUAAUCUACCAGAGGCAGAUGUUAAAGUAUCUGUACCUGAAAUUGAAGGAGAUGUUCAAAUGCCAGAUGUAGAUGUGGAUGUGGAAGGAGGUGGUAAAAUUAAAGGACCAAGAUUCAAAAUGCCAGGAUUCAAUAUCUCGGGCCCCAAGAUAGGAAAGCCCGAUUUUAAUCUGGACUUCAAAGGUCCCAGGUUGUCUGGAGAUGUUGAUGUCCCUGAUGUCAAACUGGAAGGUGAUAUCAAAGGCCCAGAUGUUGAUAUUAAGAGCCCUGAAGUUGAUAUUGAGGGACCUGAUGUGAAAGGAGGCAAGCACAAGUUUUCAAUGCCUUCAAUUCACUUGCCCAAGAUUCAGGCACCAGACAUUGAUCUCAAUUUGAAGGGUCCAAAUCUGAAAGGAGACUAUGAUAUUGAUAUGCCAUCAGGAAAGGUGGAGGGAGAAAUCAGAGGACCUAAAGUAGAUGUUGAUGUGGAUGUGCCAGGGGCUGAUGUUGAAGGAGGUGGAAAGUUCAGCAUGCCGAAAUUUAAAAUGCCCAAAUUCCGAAUUGGAGGGCCUAAGGUUGAAGGCCCAGAUGUGGACAUUGAUGCACAUCUUCCUGAAGCAGAUGUUAAAGUGUCUGGACCCCAGAUAGAAGGAGAUGUUGAAAUGCCAGAUGCAGAUGUGGAUGUUGAAGGAGGUGGAAGGUUCAGCAUGCCAAAAUUUAAAAUGCCCAAAUUCCAAAUGAGAGGGCCCAAAGUGGAAGGUCCUGAUGUCGACAUUGAUGCCAAGAUCCCUGAAGCAGAUGUUAAGGUGUCUGGGCCACAAAUCGAAGGAGAUGUUGAAAUGCCAGAUGUAGAUGUGGAUGUUGAAGGAGGUGGGAAAUUUAAAGGAUCAGGUUUCAAAAUGCCAAGAUUCAAUAUCUCAGGCCCUAAACUAGGAAUGCCAGAUUUUAAUCUGGACUUCAAAGGUCCCAGGUUGUCUGGGGAUGUUGAUGUCCCUGAUGUCAAACUGGAAGGUGAUAUCAAAGGCCCAGAUGUUGAUAUUAAGGGCCCUGAAGUUGAUAUUGAGGGACCUGAUGUGAAAGGAGGCAAACACAAGUUUUCUAUGCCUUCAGUUCACUUGCCCAAGAUUCAGGCACCAGACAUUGAUCUCAAUUUGAAGGGUCCAAAUCUGAAAGGAGACUAUGAUAUUGAUAUGCCAUCAGGAAAAGUGGAGGGAGAAAUCAAAGGUCCUAAAGUAGAUGUUGAUGUGGAUGUGCCAGGGGCUGAUGUUGAAGGAGGUGGAAAGUUCAGCAUGCCGAAAUUUAAAAUGCCCAAAUUCCGAAUUGGAGGGCCUAAGGUUGAAGGCCCAGAUGUGGACAUUGAUGCACAUCUUCCUGAAGCAGAUGUUAAAGUGUCUGGACCCCAGAUAGAAGGAGAUGUUGAAAUGCCAGAUGCAGAUGUGGAUGUUGAAGGAGGUGGAAGGUUCAGCAUGCCAAAAUUUAAAAUGCCCAAAUUCCAAAUGAGAGGGCCCAAAGUGGAAGGUCCUGAUGUCGACAUUGAUGCCAAGAUCCCUGAAGCAGAUGUUAAAGUGUCUGGGCCACAAAUCAAAGGAGAUGUUGAAAUGCCAGAUGUAGAUGUGGAUGUUGAAGGAGGUGGGAAAUUUAAAGGAUCAAGAUUCAAAAUGCCAGGAUUCAAUAUCUCGGGCCCUAAGAUAGGAAAGCCCGAUUUUAAUCUGGACUUCAAAGGUCCCAAGUUGUCUGGAGAUGUUGAUGUCCCUGAUGUCAAACUGGAAGGUGAUAUCAAAGGCCCAGAUGUUGAUAUUAAGGGCCCUGAAGUUGAUAUUGAGGGACCUGAUGUGAAAGGAGGCAAACACAAGUUUUCAAUGCCUUCAAUUCACUUGCCCAAGAUUCAGGCACCAGACAUUGAUCUCAAUUUGAGGGGUCCAAAUCUGAAAGGAGACUAUGAUAUUGAUGUGCCAUCAGGAAAAGUGGAGGGAGAAAUCAAAGGACCUAAAGUAGAUGUUGAUGUGGAUGUGCCAGGGGCUGAUGUUGAAGGAGGUGGAAAGUUCAGCAUGCCGAAAUUUAAAAUGCCCAAAUUCCAAAUGAGAGGGCCUAAAAUGGAAGGCCCAGAUUUAGACAUUGACGCUAAGGUUCCUGAAGCAGAUGUUAAAAUGUCUGGACCCCAAAUAGAAGGAGGUGUUGAAAUGCCAGGUGUUGAUGUGGAUGUUGCAGGAGGUGGGAAAUUGAAAGGCUCAAAAUUCAAAAUGCCAGAAUUAAAUAUUUCGGCUCCCAAAGUAGGAAUGCCAGAAUUUAAUCUUGACUUCAAAGGUCCUAAGUUGGGAGGAGAUGUUGAUAUUCCUGAUGUCAAACUGGAAGGUGACAUUAAGGGCCCAAAGGUCGAUGUUGAAACACCUGAUAUUAAGGGAACGGGACCUAAGAUAUCCAUGCCUUCGAUUCACUUGCCCAAGAUUCAGGCACCAGACAUUGAUCUCAAUUUGAAGGGUCCAAAAUUGAAAGGAGACUAUGAUAUUGAUGUGCCAUCAGGAAAGGUGGAGGGAGAAAUCAAAGGUACUAAAGUCGACGUUGAUCUGCCAGGGGCUGAUGUUGAAGGAGGUGGAAAGUUCAGCAUGCCAAAAUUUAAAAUGCCCAAAUUCCGAAUUGGAGGGCCUAAGGUUGAAGGCCCAGAUGUGGACAUUGAUGCACAUCUUCCUGAAGCAGAUGUUAAAGUGUCUGGGCCCCAGAUAGAAGGAGAUGUUGAAAUGCCAGAUGCAGAUGUGGAUGUUGAAGGAGGUGGAAGGUUCAGCAUGCCGAAAUUUAAAAUGCCCAAAUUCCAAAUGAGAGGGCCUAAGGUGGAAAGUCCUGAUGUGGACAUUGACGCUAAUAUUCCUGAAGCAGAUGUUAAAGUGUCUGGACCCCAAAUAGAAGGAGAUGUUCAAAUGCCAGGUGUUGAUGUGGAUGUUGAAGGAGGUGGGAAAUUUAAAGGAUCAGGUUUCAAAAUGCCAAGAUUCAAUAUCUCAGGGCCGAAAAUAGGAAUGCCAGAUUUUAAACGGGACUUCAAAGGUCCCAGGUUGUCUGGAGAUGUUGAUGUCCCUGAUGUCAAACUGGAAGGUGAUAUCAAAGGCCCAGAUGUUGAUAUUAAGGGCCCUGAAGUUGAUAUCGAAGGACCUGAUGUGAAAGGAGGCAAGCACAAGUUUUCAAUGCCAUCAAUUCACUUGCCCAAGAUUCAGGCACCAGACAUUGAUCUCAAUUUGAGGGGUCCAAAUCUGAAAGGAGACUAUGAUAUUGAUGUGCCAUCAGGAAAAGUGGAGGGAGAAAUCAAAGGACCUAAAGUAGAUGUUGAUGUGGAUGUGCCAGGGGCUGAAGUUGAAGGAGGUGGAAAGUUCAGCAUGCCGAAAUUUAAAAUGCCCAAAUUCCAAAUGAGAGGGCCUAAAGUGGAAGGCCCAGAUUUAGACAUUGACGCUAAGGUUCCUGAAGCAGAUGUUAAAAUGUCUGGACCCCAAAUAGAAGGAGGUGUUGAAAUGCCAGGUGUUGAUGUGGAUGUUGCAGGAGGUGGGAAAUUGAAAGGCUCAAAAUUCAAAAUGCCAGAAUUAAAUAUUUCGGCUCCCAAAGUAGGAAUGCCAGAAUUUAAUCUUGACUUCAAAGGUCCUAAGUUGGGAGGAGAUGUUGAUAUUCCUGAUGUCAAACUGGAAGGUGACAUUAAGGGCCCAAAGGUUGAAGUUGAAACACCUGAUAUUAAGGGAACGGGACCUAAGAUAUCAAUGCCUUCGAUUCACUUGCCAAAGAUUCAGGCACCAGACAUUGAUCUCAGUUUGAAGGGUCCAAAUCUGAAAGGAGACUAUGAUAUUGAUGUGCCAUCAGGAAAGGUGGAAGGAGAAAUCAAAGGACCUAAAGUAGAUGUUGAUGUGGAUGUGCCAGGGGCUGAUGUUGAAGGAGGUGGAAAGUUCAGCAUGCCGAAAUUUAAAAUGCCCAAAUUCCGAAUUGGAGGGCCUAAAGUGAAAGGACCCGAUGUGGACUUAGAUGCUAAACUACCAGAGACAGAUGUUAAAGUAACUGGACCCCAAAUAGAAGGAGAUGUUCAAAUGCCAGAUGUAGAUGUGGAUGUGGAAGGAGGUGGUAAAAUUAAAGGACCAAGAUUCAGAAUGCCAGGGUUCAAUAUCUCGGGCCCUAAAGUAGGAAAGCCCGAUUUUAAUCUGGACUUCAAAGGUCCCAGGUUGUCUGGAGAUGUUGAUGUCCCUGAUGUCAAACUAGAAGGUGAUAUCAAAGGCCCAGAUGUUGAUAUUAAGGGCCCUGAAGUUGAUAUUGAGGGACCUGAUGUGAAAGGAGGCAAGCACAAGUUUUCAAUGCCUUCAAUUCACUUGCCCAAGAUUCAGGCACCAGACAUUGAUCUCAAUUUGAAGAGUCCAAAAUUGAAAGGAGACUAUGAUAUUGAUGUGCCAUCAGGAAAGGUGGAAGGAGAAAUCAAAGGACCUAAAGUAGAUGUUGAUGUGGAUAUGCCAGGGGCUGAUGUUGAAGGAGGUGGAAAGUUCAGCAUGCCGAAAUUUAAAAUGCCCAAAUUCCGAAUUGGAGGGGCUAAAGUGGAAGGGCCUGAUGUCGACAUUGACGCUAAUAUUCCUGAAGCAGAUGUUAAAGUAUCUGGACCCCAAAUAGAAGGAGAUGUUGAAAUGCCAGAUGUGGAUGUUGAAGGAGGUGGUAAUAUUAAAGGAUCAAGAUUCAAAAUCCCAGGAUUGAAUAUCUCUGCCCCUAAGAUUGGAUUGCCCGAGAUCAAUCUGGACCUGAGAGGUCCCAAAUGGGGAGGAGAUGUUGAUGUUCCUGAUGUCAGCCUAGAAGGUGACUUGAAGGGUCCAAGUCUCGACAUUAAGGGCCCAAAGGUCGAUGUAGAGACACCUGAUAUUAAAGGAACUGGUCCUAAGAUAUCAAUGCCUUCAAUUCACUUGCCCAAGAUUCAGGCACCAGACAUUGAUCUCAGUUUGAAGGGUCCAAAUCUGAAAGGAGACUAUGAUAUUGAUGUGCCAUCAGGAAAGGUGGAGGGAGAAAUCAAAGGACCUAAAGUAGAUGUUGAUGUGGAUGUGCCAGGGGCUGAUGUUGAAGGAGGUGGAAAGUUCAGCAUGCCGAAAUUUAAAAUGCCUAAAUUCCGAAUUGGAGGGCCCAAAGUGAAAGGACCAGAUUUGGACUUAGACGCUAAACUACCAGAGACAGAUGUUAAAGUAACUGGACCCCAAAUAGAAGGAGAUGUUCAAAUGCCAGAAGUAGAUGUUGAUGUUGAAGGAGGUGGUAAAAUUAAAGGACCAAGAUUCAAAAUGCCAGGAUUCAAUAUCUCGGGCCCUAAGAUAGGAAAGCCCGAUUUUAAUCUGGACUUCAAAGGUCCCAGGUUGUCUGGAGAUGUUGAUGUCCCUGAUGUCAAACUGGAAGGUGAUAUCAAAGGCCCAGAUGUUGAUAUUAAGGGCCCUGAAGUUGAUAUUGAGGGACCUGAUGUGAAAGGAGGCAAGCACAAGUUUUCAAUGCCUUCAAUUCACUUGCCCAAGAUUCAGGCACCAGACAUUGAUCUCAAUUUCAGGGGUCCAAGAUUGAAAGGAGACUAUGAUAUUGAUGUGCCAUCAGGAAAGGUGGAAGGAGAAAUCAAAGGUCCUAAAGUAGAUGUUGAUGUGGAUGUGCCAGGGGCUGAUGUUGAAGGAGGUGGAAGGUUCAGCAUGCCAAAAUUCAAAAUGCCCAAAUUCCAAAUGAGAGGGCCUAAAGUGGAAGGCCCUGAUUUGGACAUUGACGCUAAGGUUCCUGAAGCAGAUAUUAAAGUGUCUGGACCCCAAAUAGAAGGAGAUGUUGAAAUGCCAGAUGUAGAUGUGGAUGUUGAAGGAGGUGGUAAAAUUAAAGGACCAAGAUUCAAAAUGCCAGGAUUCAAUAUCUCGGGCCCUAAGAUUGGAAAGCCCGAUUUUAAUCUGGACUUCAAAGGUCCCAGGUUGUCUGGGGAUGUUGAUGUCCCUGAUGUCAAACUGGAAGGUGAUAUCAAAGGCCCAGAUGUUGAUAUUAAGGGCCCUGAAGUUGAUAUUGAGGGACCUGAUGUGAAAGGAGGCAAGCACAAGUUUUCAAUGCCUUCAAUUCACUUGCCCAAGAUUCAGGCACCAGACAUUGAUCUCAAUUUCAGGGGUCCAAGAUUGAAAGGAGACCAUGAUAUUGAUGUGCCAUCAGGAAAGGUGGAAGGAGAAAUCAAAGGUCCUAAAGUAGAUGUUGAUGUGGAUGUGCCAGGGGCUGAUGUUGAAGGAGGUGGAAAGUUCAGCAUGCCAAAAUUUAAAAUGCCCAAAUUCCAAAUGAGAGGGCCUAAAGUGGAAGGCCCAGAUUUGGACAUUGACGCUAAGGUUCCUGAAGCAGAUAUUAAAGUGUCUGGACCCCAAAUAGAAGGAGAUGUUGAAAUGCCAGAUGUAGACGUUGAUGUUGAAGGAGGUGGUAAAAUUAAAGGACCAAGAUUCAAAAUGCCAGGAUUCAAUAUCUCGGGCCCUAAGAUAGGAAAGCCCGAUUUUAAUCUGGACUUCAAGGGUCCCAGGUUGUCUGGAGAUGUUGAUGUCCCUGAUGUCAAACUGGAAGGUGAUAUCAAAGGCCCAGAUGUUGAUAUUAAGGGCCCUGAAGUUGAUAUUGAGGGACCUGAUGUGAAAGGAGGCAAGCACAAGUUUUCAAUGCCUUCAAUUCACUUGCCCAAGAUUCAGGCACCAGACAUUGAUCUCAAUUUCAGGGGUCCAAAAUUGAAAGGAGACUAUGAUAUUGAUGUGCCAUCAGGAAAGGUGGAGGGAGAAAUCAAAGGUCCUAAAGUAGAUGUUGAUGUGGAUGUGCCAGGGGCUGAUGUUGAAGGAGGUGGAAGGUUCAGCAUGCCAAAAUUCAAAAUGCCCAAAUUCCAAAUGAGAGGGCCUAAAGUGGAAGGCCCUGAUUUGGACAUUGACGCUAAGGUUCCUGAAGCAGAUAUUAAAGUGUCUGGACCCCAAAUAGAAGGAGAUGUUGAAAUGCCAGAUGUAGAUGUGGAUGUUGAAGGAGGUGGUAAAAUUAAAGGACCAAGAUUCAAAAUGCCAGGAUUCAAUAUCUCGGGCCCUAAGAUUGGAAAGCCCGAUUUUAAUCUGGACUUCAAAGGUCCCAGGUUGACUGGGGAUGUUGAUGUCCCUGAUGUCAAACUGGAAGGUGAUAUCAAAGGCCCAGAUGUUGAUAUUAAGGGCACUGAAUUUGAUAUUGAGGGACCUGAUGUGAAAGGAGGCAAGCACAAGUUUUCAAUGCCUUCAAUUCACUUGCCCAAGAUUCAGGCACCAGACAUUGAUCUCAAUUUCAGGGGUCCAAAAUUGAAAGGAGACUAUGAUAUUGAUGUGCCAUCAGGAAAGGUGGAGGGAGAAAUCAAAGGUCCUAAAGUAGAUGUUGAUGUGGAUGUGCCAGGGGCUGAUGUUGAAGGAGGUGGAAAGUUCAGCAUGCCAAAAUUUAAAAUGCCCAAAUUCCAAAUGAGAGGGCCUAAAGUGGAAGGCCCUGAUUUGGACAUUGACGGUAAGGUUCCUGAAGCAGAUAUUAAAGUGUCUGGACCCCAAAUAGAAGGAGAUGUUGAAAUGCCAGAUGUAGAUGUGGAUGUUGAAGGAGGUGGUAAAAUUAAAGGACCAAGAUUCAAAAUGCCAGGAUUCAAUAUCUCGGGCCCUAAGAUUGGAAAGCCCGAUUUUAAUCUGGACUUCAAAGGUCCCAGGUUGACUGGGGAUGUUGAUGUCCCUGAUGUCAAACUGGAAGGUGAUAUCAAAGGCCCAGAUGUUGAUAUUAAGGGCCCUGAAGUUGAUAUUGAGGGACCUGAUGUGAAAGGAGGCAAGCACAAGUUUUCAAUGCCUUCAAUUCACUUGCCCAAGAUUCAGGCACCAGACAUUGAUCUCAAUUUCAGGGGUCCAAAAUUGAAAGGAGACUAUGAUAUUGAUGUGCCAUCAGGAAAGGUGGAGGGAGAAAUCAAAGGUCCUAAAGUAGAUGUUGAUGUGGAUGUGCCAGGGGCUGAUGUUGAAGGAGGUGGAAAGUUCAGCAUGCCAAAAUUUAAAAUGCCCAAAUUCCAAAUGAGAGGGCCUAAAGUGGAAGGCCCUGAUUUGGACAUUGACGGUAAGGUUCCUGAAGCAGAUAUUAAAGUGUCUGGACCCCAAAUAGAAGGAGAUGUUGAAAUGCCAGAUGUAGAUGUGGAUGUUGAAGGAGGUGGUAAAAUUAAAGGACCAAGAUUCAAAAUGCCAGGAUUCAAUAUCUCGGGCCCUAAGAUAGGAAAGCCCGAUUUUAAUCUGGACUUCAAAGGUCCCAGGUUGUCUGGGGAUGUUGAUGUCCCUGAUGUCAAACUGGAAGGUGAUAUCAAAGGCCCAGAUGUUGAUAUUAAGGGCCCUGAAUUUGAUAUUGAGGGACCUGAUGUGAAAGGAGGCAAGCACAAGUUUUCAAUGCCUUCAAUUCACUUGCCCAAGAUUCAGGCACCAGACAUUGAUCUCAAUUUCAGGGGUCCAAAAUUGAAAGGAGACUAUGAUAUUGAUGUGCCAUCAGGAAAGGUGGAGGGAGAAAUCAAAGGUCCUAAAGUAGAUGUUGAUGUGGAUGUGCCAGGGGCUGAUGUUGAAGGAGGUGGAAGGUUCAGCAUGCCGAAAUUCAAAAUGCCCAAAUUCCAAAUGAGAGGGCCUAAAGUGGAAGGCCCUGAUUUGGACAUUGACGCUAAGGUUCCUGAAGCAGAUAUUAAAGUGUCUGGACCCCAAAUAGAAGGAGAUGUUGAAAUGCCAGAUGUAGAUGUGGAUGUUGAAGGAGGUGGUAAAAUUAAAGGACCAAGAUUCAAAAUGCCAGGAUUCAAUAUCUCGGGCCCUAAGAUAGGAAAGCCCGAUUUUAAUCUGGACUUCAAAGGUCCCAGGUUGUCUGGGGAUGUUGAUGUCCCUGAUGUCAAACUGGAAGGUGAUAUCAAAGGCCCAGAUGUUGAUAUUAAGGGCCCUGAAGUUGAUAUUGAGGGACCUGAUGUGAAAGGAGGCAAGCACAAGUUUUCAAUGCCUUCAAUUCACUUGCCCAAGAUUCAGGCACCAGACAUUGAUCUCAAUUUCAGGGGUCCAAAAUUGAAAGGAGACUAUGAUAUUGAUGUGCCAUCAGGAAAGGUGGAGGGAGAAAUCAAAGGUCCUAAAGUAGAUGUUGAUGUGGAUAUGCCAGGGGCUGAUGUUGAAGGAGGUGGAAGGUUCAGCAUGCCGAAAUUUAAAAUGCCCAAAUUCCAAAUGAGAGGGCCUAAAGUGGAAGGCCCAGAUUUGGACAUUGACACUAAGGUUCCUGAAGCAGAUAUUAAAGUGUCUGGACCCCAAAUAGAAGGAGAUGUUGAAAUGCCAGAUGUAGACGUUGAUGUUGAAGGAGGUGGUAAAAUUAAAGGACCAAGAUUCAAAAUGCCAGGAUUCAAUAUCUCGGGCCCUAAGAUAGGAAAGCCCGAUUUUAAUCUGGACUUCAAGGGUCCCAGGUUGUCUGGAGAUGUUGAUGUCCCUGAUGUCAAACUGGAAGGUGAUAUCAAAGGCCCUGAAGUUGAUAUUGAGGGACCUGAUGUGAAAGGAGGCAAGCACAAGUUUUCAAUGCCUUCAAUUCAUUUGCCCAAGAUUCAGGCACCAGACAUUGAUCUCAGUUUGAAGGGUCCAAAUCUGAAAGGAGACUAUGAUAUUGAUAUGCCAUCAGGAAAGGUGGAGGGAGAUAUCAAAGGACCUAAAGUAGAUGUUGAUGUGGAUGUGCCAGGGGCUGAUGUUGAAGGAGGUGGAAAGUUCAGCCUGCCAAAAUUCAAAAUGCCCAAAUUCCAAAUGAGAGGGCCUAAAGUGGAAGGCCCUGAUUUCGACAUUGACGCUAAUAUUCCUGAAGCAGAUGUUAAAGUGUCUGGACCCCAAAUAGAAGGAGAUGUUCAAAUGCCAGGUGUUGAUGUGGAUGUUGAAGGAAGUGGCAAAAUAAAAGGCUCAAGAUUCAAAAUCCCAGGUUUGAAUAUAUCGGCCCCCAACAUAGGAAUGCCUGAUUUUGGUCUGGACCUCAAAGGCCCCAAGUUGGGAGGAGAUGUUAAUGUUCCUGAUGCCAGUGUAGAGGGUGACAUUAAGGGUCCAAGUCUCGACAUUAAGGGCCCAAAGGUUGAUAUAGAGGCACCUGAGAUUAAAGGAAAGGGACCUAAGAUUUCAAUCCCUUCUAUCCACAUGCCCAAAAUUCAGGCACCAGACAUUGACCUUCAUUUGAAGGGCCCAAAAGGGAAAGGAGACUAUGAUAUCGAUGUGCCUUCUGGCAGAGUGGAGGGAGAAAUCAAAGGACCUAAAGUAGAUGUUGAUAUGGAUGUGCCAGGGGCUGAUGUUGAAGGAGGUGGUAAGUUCAGCUUCCCAAAAUUUAAAUUGCCCAAAUUCCGGAAGUCUGGGCCCAAAGUGCAAGGGCCAGAUAUGGAUAUUGAUGGUAAUUUUCCUGAUGCAGAUGUUAAAGUAUCUGGACCUAAGAUAGAAGGAGAUGUUAAAAUGCCUGAUGUAAAUAUGGAUGUUGGGGAACCUGGUAAACUCAAGAGCCCAAAAUUCAAACUUCCAGGAUUUAGUAUCUCAGCACCCAAAAUAGGAAAGCCUGAUGUGAAUGCCGACCUCAAAGGACCAAAAGUUGUUGGAGAUGUUGAUGUCCCUAAUUUGAAUCUGGAAGGUAAUAUUAAGGGUCCAAAUGUGAAAGGACCCAAAGUAGAUAUUGAAGGUCCUGAUAUAAAAGGAAGUGGAAUUAAGUUUUCAAUGCCUUCCUUUCACUUGCCUAAGAUACAUGCACCUGAUGUUGAUUUGAGUUUCAAAAGCCCAAAACUAAAAGGGGACUAUGAUAUUAAUGUACCUACUGGAAAGAUAGAGGGAGAAGUCAAAGCACCUAAGGUAGAUGUUGAUGUAGAUGUCCCAGGAGCUGAUGUUGAAGGUGGCAGUGGAAAGUUCAGCUUCCCAAAAUUUAAAAUGCCCAAAUUUCAUAUGGGUGCAUCUAAUGUAGGAGGUCCAGAUCUGGAAAUUGAUGCAAAACUUCCUGAAAAAGAUAUUAAAUUAUCUGGACCCCAAAUUGAAGGAGAAGUUCAACCACCAGAUGUGGAUGUAGAUGUAGAUGUUGAAGGAGGUGGCAAAAUCAAGGCCCCAAAAAUCAAAAUGCCAGAAUUCAAUAUCUCAGCUCCCAAAAUAGGAAUGCCUGAUAUUAAUCUGAACCUCAAAGGUCCAAAAUUGGGUGGAGAUGUUGAUGUCCCUGAUGUCAAACUGAAAGGUGACAUUAAGGGCCCAAAAGUUGAUAUUGAGACACCUGAUAUUAAAGGAACGGGUCCCAAAAUUUCAAUGCCUUCAAUUCAUUUGCCCAAGUUUCAGGCACCAGACAUUGAUCUCAAUUUCAAGAGUCCAAAACUGAAAGGAGACUAUGAUACUGAUGCACCUUCUGGAAAAGUGGAGGGAGAAAUCAAAGGACCUAAAGUAGGUGUUGAUGUGGAUGUGCCAGGGGCUGAUGUUGAAGGAGGAGGUGGGAAAUUCAGCUUUCCAAAAUUAAAAAUGCCCAAAUUCCACAUUGGUGGGCCUAAAGUGGAAGGGCCAGAUGUAGGCAUUGAUGCUAAUCUACCGGAGGCAGAUGUUAAAGUAUCUGUACCUGAAAUUGAAGGAGAUGUUCAAAUGCCAGAUGUAGAUAUGGAUGUGGAAGGAGGUGGUAAAAUUAAAGGAUCAGGAUUCAGGAUGCCAGGAUUCAAUAUCUCAGGCCCCAAGAUAGGAAAGCCCGAUUUUAAUCUGGACUUCAAAGGUCCCAGGUUGUCUGGAGAUGUUGAUGUCCCUGAUGUCAAACUGGAAGGUGAUAUCAAAGGCCCGGAUGUUGAUAUUAAGGGCCCUGAAGUUGAUAUUGAGGGACCUGAUGUGAAAGGAGGCAAGCACAAGUUUUCAAUGCCUUCAAUUCACUUGCCCAAGAUUCAGGCACCAGACAUUGAUCUCAAUUUCAAGGGUCCAAAUCUGAAAGGAGACUAUGAUAUUGAUGUGCCAUCAGGAAAGGUGGAGGGAGAAAUCAAAGGUCCUAAAGUAGAUGUUGAUGUGGAUGUGCCAGGGGCUGAUGUUGAAGGAGGUGGAAAGUUCAGCAUGCCAAAAUUUAAAAUGCCCAAAUUCCGAAUUGGAGGGGCUAAAGUGGAAGGCCCAGAUGUGGACAUUGAUGCUAAGGUUCCUGAAGCAGAUGUUAAAGUGUCUGGACCCCAAAUUGAAGGAGGUGCUGAAAUGCCAGAUGUAGAUGUGGAUGUGGAAGGAGGUGGUAAAAUUAAAGGAUCAGGAUUCAGAAUGCCAGGAUUCAAUAUCUCAGGCCCCAAGAUAGGAAAGCCCGAUUUUAAUCUGGACUUUAAAGGCCCCAAGUUGUCUGGAGAUGUUGAUGUCCCUGAUGUCAAACUGGAAGGUGAUAUUAAAGGCCCGGAUGUUGAUAUUAAGGGCCCUGAAUUUGAUAUUGAGGGACCUGACGUGAAAGGAGGCAAGCACAAGUUUUCAAUGCCUUCAAUUCACUUGCCCAAGAUUCAGGCACCAGACAUUGAUCUCAAUUUGAAGGGUCCAAAAUUGAAAGGAGACUAUGAUAUUGAUGUGCCAUCAGGAAAGGUGGAAGGAGAAGUCAAAGGACCUAAAGUAGAUGUUGAUGUGGAUGUGCCAGGGGCUGAUGUUGAAGGAGGUGGAAAGUUCAGCAUGCCGAAAUUUAAAAUGCCCAAAUUCCGAAUUGGAGGGCCUAAGGUUGAAGGCCCAGAUGUGGACAUUGACGCUAAUAUCCCUGAAGCUGAUGUUAAAGUGUCUGGACCACAAAUAGAAGGAGAUAUUGAAAUGCCAGAUGUAGAUGUUGAUGUUGAAGGAGGUGGUAAAAUUAAAGGACCAAGAUUCAAAAUGCCAGGAUUCAAUAUCUCGGGCCCUAAGAUAGGAAAGCCUGAUUUUAAUCUGGACUUCAAAGGUCCCAGGUUGUCUGGAGAUGCUGAUGUCCCUGAUGUCAAACUGGAAGGUGAUAUCAAAGGCCCGGAUGUUGAUAUUAAGGGCCCUGAAUUUGAUAUUGAGGGACCUGAUGUGAAAGGAGGCAAGCACAAGUUUAAAUUGCCUUCAAUUCACUUGCCCAAGAUUCAGGCACCAGACAUUGAUCUCAAUUUGAAGGGUCCAAAUCUGAAAGGAGACUAUGAUAUUGAUGUGCCAUCAGGAAAGGUGGAAGGAGAAAUCAAAGGACCUAAAGUAGAUGUUGAUGUGGAUGUGCCAGGGGCUGAUGUUGAAGGAGGUGGAAAGUUCAGCAUGCCAAAAUUUAAAAUGCCCAAAUUCCAUAUGAGAGCUCCUAAAGUGGAAGGCCCUGAUUUGGACAUUGACGCUAAGGUUCCUGAAGCAGAUAUUAAAGUUUCUGGACCCCAAAUUGAAGAUGUUGAAAUGCCAGAUGUAGAUGUUGAUGUUGAAGGAGGUGGUAGAAUUAAAGGACCAAGAUUCAAAAUGCCAGGAUUCAAUAUCUCAGGCCCCAAGAUAGGAAAGCCUGAUUUUAAUCUGGACUUCAAAGGCCCCAAGUUGUCUGGAGAUGUUGAUGUCCCUGAUGUCGAACUGGAAGGUGAUAUUAAAGGCCCGGAUGUUGAUAUUAAGGGCCCUGAAUUUGAUAUUGAGGGACCUGACGUGAAAGGAGGCAAGCACAAGUUUUCAAUGCCUUCAAUUCACUUGCCCAAGAUUCAGGCACCAGACAUUGAUCUCAAUUUCAAGGGUCCAAGAUUGAAAGGAGACUAUGAUAUUGAUGUGCCAUCAGGAAAGGUGGAAGGAGAAAUCAAAGGUCCUAAAGUAGAUGUUGAUGUGGAUGUGCCAGGGGCUGAUGUUGAAGGAGGUGGAAAGUUCAGCAUGCCGAAAUUUAAAAUGCCCAAAUUCCGAAUUGGAGGGUCUAAAGUGGAAGGCCCAGAUGUGGACAUUGAUGCUGAUCUUCCUGAGGCAGAUGUUAAAGUGUCUGGACCUAAGAUAGAAGGAGAUGUCAAAUCACCAAGCAUAGAUAUUGAGGGAAGUGGUAAAAUCAAUAGUUCAAAGUUUAAAAUACCUGGAUUCAGUAUGUCACCACCGAAGAUAGGAAUGCCUGAUUUUAAUCUAGAGUUUAAAGGGCCAAAAAUAGGAGGAGAAAUUGAAGGUCCCCAUGUGGGUAUUGAUACCACUGUUCCUGAGAUAGGUGGUAAGCUCUCUGGUCCCAAAUCUGGUGGUGUUGACAUUUCUGGCGUAGAUAUUGAUGUUGAAGGAGCUUCUAAAAGCCCGAAAUUUAAAUUGCCUGGAUUGGGUAUCUCAGCACCCAAGAUAGAAAUGCCUGAUUUUAAUUUGGAACUCAAAGGUCCAAAAUUGGGAGGCCACAUUGAUGCCCCUGAUCCUAAUUUGAAGGGUGACCUCAAAGGUCCACAGUUUGAAAUGAAAGGUCCCAAAGUAGGUAUUGAUGGGAGUGACAUUAACAUUGAGGGGCCUGAUUUAAAAGGAAAUGGGCACAAGUUUUCAGCACCGUCACUGGACAUUUCAGCUCCUUCUGCAGACAUGAAUCUUGACUUGAAAGGCUCAGCUGAUAUUAAAUCUCCAGAUUUUGGUAUUGAUGUUAAUGCUCCUGGCAUGGAAAUAGGCAGUGUGGGAGCUCAUCUAAAAAUGCCAAAAGUAAAGAAACCAAAAUUUGGAUUUGGAGUUAAAGGUCAAGGAGAUAUAAAUGCUCAAUCUCUGGAUGUAGCAAGUCCUGAUGUAGAGGUUAAUGUAGAAUCUCCAGAUGCAAGUAUUAAAACUAAGGGGAAAAAAGGCAAGUUCAGAUUGCCUAAACUCAAUAUCAAGGCAAAGAAGCCUGGAGGAGACAUGCAGACAAAUGUUCCAAAGAGUGACCUUGAUUUAUCCAAGCCAGAUGUAGAUAUGAAAUCCCCAGAUCUGAAGGUAAGCCUUGGUGCAUCUGAUGGACAACUAAAUAUUAAGCCAUCGAAAGUAAAGAAACCACGAUUUGGUAAAGUCAAGGUAUCAUUUCCAGAUGUUGAGUUUGAUUUGGCAUCACCAAAGAUUAAAGGCGAGUUACCUGCUGCAAAGGCUGAAGGUGGUUUGCAAGGACCUGAUGUUGAGUUUUCAUCUGAAGGUAUAAAAGGUCCCCAGGUUGACAUCGGAGCACCUGGAAUAGAUGUCAAUACAGAUACAAACCUUCAAGGGACUGGUUUUAAAGUGAAGGGCACCAAGUUAAAAUUCCCUGCAGUAAACAUCAAGUCACCCAAAAUGACUGAAACAGACAUGGAUAUCAAUUUGAAGGGGGCGCAAAUAAAAGGUGAUGCGUCAGGGAACGUGGAAGGCCCAAGAAUUGGCAUAAAGAGACCAGAAAUAGAUUUUGAUGUUGAUGCUCCAAAUGUGGAUAUUGAAAAACCUGAGGGCAAAUUAAAAAUGAAAGUCAAGAAGCCAAAUAUUUCAGGACCAAAUAUAAACCUAGAUACAUCGGGUGAUGCAGAAGGAAAAUUAAAAAUACCUAAGAUUAAAAUCCCAGGUUUUGGGGUGGAUGGUAAAUUAGGAGAAACAGAUACUGAUGUUAACGUCAGCCUUCCAAAGGCAGAACUUUCAAGUCCAAAGCUGGAAGGUAAUAUUGAAAUGCCAUCAACAGAUAUCAAUAUUAGGGCUCCUGGUGUAAAAAUGCCAGAAAUGAACAUCUCUGAUAAUAAACUCCAAGGAUCUGGUUUGAAUCUUGAUAUACAUGCACCAAAAAUAGAAGGUGACUUGAAGACUCCAGGUUUAGGAGCAACUGUUGAAGUACCAAAUUUGGGAAUAAAUGCUGAUGGCAAAUUCAAAGGCCCACAAGUUGGUAUUUCAGCGCCCGAUGUGGAUGUUGAUUUAAAGACUCCACAGCUUGGUAUCAACCUUCCUAGUCCAAGUAUCAAAGGAGACUUUAAAGGACCACAAAUGAAUGUGAAAGGUUCUGUUACCAAUGCUGGUGACGGAGAUUUUAACAUUAAAGGUGUGGAUGGGAAAGUAAAGAUGCCUCAGAUCCACAUCCCAAAAGCUGAUAUCAGCAUUGCAGGAUCUGGAGUUUCUGCACCUGACUUAUCCGGAACAAAGACAGACAUUGACAUAAAAAGCCCAAAAAUGAACAUCGAAGGGCCAAGUAUGAAACUGAAUGGAGCGGACGUCAAACUUUCUGGUGCAGAGGUUGAAGGUGUGAACACAAAUGUCAGCCUAGGUAGGCUAAGUGCUGAUGUACCACAACCUGAAGUGAAAGUCCCUUCAGGUGAUGUGAAACUUGACGUAAAAGGACCUGCAAUAAAAGGAGGCAUUGGAAUGUCUGGUUUAGUAGAUCCAGAGUUCGAUGCCAAGGUACCUGAAGUAAGUACAGAUGUCAAAGCACCAACGAUUGACCUAAAUGUUGCACUGGACAAAAUGAAAAUACCCAAAUUCAAGCAUUCUCAAUUUAAAAUAAAAGGCCCGAAUUUAGAAGAGCCAGAAGCGGCAGCAGAUGUCAGAAGUCCUGAAAUUCAGCUACAUGCUUCAGCUGCGCAAGGUCCAGAUGUUAAAGGACCAGAAGUUAGUUUGAAUCUGCCAGAAAGAGAGGUGGAAACAUCUGGGGUAAAAGUAAAAAAAAGUAGAAUUAGAAUACCAAAAUUUAAUUUCUCCAAGUAUAAGGGGAAAAGUAGCUGUGAAGGAUCAGCAGGGGAUUUUGGUGCAUCUGGACCAAAGACUGAAAUUAAGGGCUCCAAAGGAAAUCUGGGUUUUGGUAACAUUGAGGUGGAGACAUCAGAAAUGUCAACCGCUGGGAAGGAUUCCAGUUUGGACAUUAACACCUCCCCAAAAGGGAAGUCAGGAACACUAGAUUUCUCUUUAUUUAAAGGCAAAAGGUCAGAACGUCACAGAUCGGCGUCUCUGAGUGAUGAGCAAGAACAUUCACCUUCCUCACCUAAGGGGAAAUUAGAAUUUGGAGAAGGAACUGCAGGUGGCAAAGGCAAAAAGGCUAAAUUGAAAUUUGGAACAUUUGGAGGCUUUGGGGCUAAAUCAAAGGGCUCCUAUGAGGUCACUCUCGAUGAAGCUGAAGCGGGAGUCGAGGGCAGUGGAAUCUCUUUGGUUUCCAAAAAGUCCCGCGUAUCCUCCACUUCCAGCAGUGAUAGCGGAUCUAAAGUAGGGUUGCGUCUUCCUAAAGUAGAACUGAAUAUCAAUAAAGACAAAGAAUAAUUAUGUAAAUACUCAUGAAUCACUGUAAAUAGAAAUUAACUGCAUAACUUUCUACUGAUAAGCCAAGGCAUGGAUAUCCAUUAGACUUCAUCCCUAUCUCGUUUGCAGGUCAAAAAUAGGAUGGAAUAUUUAAACGGUUGAGAUGCUUUUCCUUUAGUGCAAGGAGCAGGACCUGCAAAUAUUUCAGUACACUUCUGUAUCAGCUAAAAAGUCAAACUAAAGCUCUAUUACUACAAGCUGAGAGCAAUAGCUUACUAGCAGGAAAAAAAACUAUUUUGAUACAUUUUCUAUGUAGCAGUUUAUUAUUUUCAUUAUAUUGGCAAAAUGGAGGUGUUAAGACAUUUAAUCUCUGGUGCUCUCUAUGGCUUACCUUAUUCAAUGGAGUUGCAGUAUGAGAGAUUUUACUGAAAUCUGAUUUCUGAAGAAAAUGUACCAAGACGAUGAUAGAGGAAGUUUUAAGCUGUCUUUACACAAACACGUGAUGCUUUACCCAAUAUAAGGUUUAAUCUGGCGGAAUAAACUGUGUAUCCUGUCAUAAUUACAGUAUUUUCAGAAUCCAAUGACAGUCAGUUUGGCCUGUAUCUUUACUCUGUAAAUUAGCAAGACAAAUUUUGUGUUCCGGGCAGCUUAAAUUCUUCAACUUUGUAAAUGCGUAAGUGUGGUCUGUGAAACUGGUUAGGGCGUAUUUCUACUGUGAAUUAGUACAUUAUGAUCACCAUCAUCACAUCCCUAACCCCCCUCCCCCCACCACCACACUCAUUUGUGGUGAUUAUGCUGCUGCUGCUGUAAUAAUCUUUUAUCCCCACGUGUGAAUUAAAUUAGAAAACUACUCACUACUCAACAAUAAACAAAAUUGUAAACCAGGUUUCCCAUCUCUUGGUCUUCUCAAAGCCAUUCACCUUCUGUCCCUAUAGUCAAAGAGCCCUGCCUCAUGUGAAAACACAGCCUUGUGGAUGUUUAGGCUGGAUUGACCAGUCUGAGCCAAAUUAGCUGAUUGUGUAGGUGUACUGAUGCAGGAGUCUGGAGUGUUCGAUUCCUUGCAUUAUGAGGCACAAUAUGAGAGCCCAUCUUCCCUGCAUGUGUUAUGAAGUCUCACAGUAAAGCAACACCUUGCUGAGUUCACAGAAAGCACCUAUUAUCCUUGUAACAUAAUAAGUAAUUUUCUUUUGUUAUGAAUGGCAAGAAUUGUGACCUAUUUUUCUUAUCGUUUCAUUGUUUCACUCAAAAUGUUAAUAGAACUCUUUUUCAUAAUUCUGUCUGCACUUUUGCGGCAAACAGUAGACGACGGGAAUGUAAGACAAGCGUGUUCCUUGUAAAAAUCAAAUAAAUCAUUCAUUACCUUAAAA